AUGGUAUCAUACCACACAGCCCUAGGCAUGUAUCAAAAACCGCCCUCAACCGGCAGCGCGACUUCAUCCCCCGGUGUCGGUUCCACGUACCACCAGACCGCCACAGGGCACCACAUGGGCCACCACAUGAUGGCAACAGGUCACCACACAAUGCCACACCACCAUUCACCACCGUCACCAUGGUACCACCAUCCCCCAUACGGUGUCAACUCCUCAAACCAACAACUGUACCAAUACCAGCACCACCAAGCCCAGUACCUACCGAAUUGUUUACACGAAUCCGGGGUGAAUUCUUCGAGUGAGCAACAAAAUUUUACAAACCUGUAUCAUAAUUUGUAUCAACAACAACAGCCCCAAAAUUGGGGCUCCGAUUUCCAUUUCGCGGAGCAGCAGAAUUUGGCUGGUGGUUCGUCUUUGCCCCUAAAUGGUGGUAAUAUUGUCCCGUCGCCUCCGAUUACAGUGAGUGGUGGUAGUGAGAUUUCUUCGCCCGGUGGAGGUACUAAUGGAGAUGUUGACGAGAAACCUGGUUCUGGUGGUCGGUUGGAGGUUCCCGGUGGAGGCGCCGGCGGUGCCAACAGGGGCGCUUUGGUUAGAAGUCCUUAUGAGUGGAUGAAGAAGCCGUCGUAUCAGAGUCAACCUAAUCCAGGCAAAACAAGAACAAAAGACAAAUACAGAGUCGUCUACUCCGACCACCAACGUCUAGAACUCGAAAAAGAAUUCAGAUUCUCCCGUUACAUAACAAUUAGGCGAAAAGCAGAACUGGCCCAAAUGUUGGCCCUCAGCGAACGCCAAGUGAAAAUCUGGUUUCAAAACCGAAGGGCCAAGGAAAGGAAACAGGUUAAGAAAUUGGACGAACCUCCAAAUAAAACUGGUAAGGAACCACCUUUGGCUGGGAGUUCUUCUGGUGCUUCAGAAAUGGUUCUUGGAGGUUCUUAUUUGGGUGACCAUCAUCAUUUGAUGGGAAUUUGACAAGAU